ACAUCCGGGGAUUGCGUGACCCACAUGACGUCAUACCCGGCGUCCCGCCCCAUGUGAGACUAGUCAAGAUGGUGCUGAUCAGGGAGUUCCGUGUUUAUCUACCGAUUACCGUUCCAGAGUACCAAGUCGGCCAGUUAUGGUCUGUGGCAGAGGCGAGCAAGAACGAGACGGGGGGAGGCGAGGGCGUGGAGGUUCUCAUCAAUGAGCCGUUUGAGAAUGAGGAGAUGGGGAAGGGACAGUACACUCACAAGAUCUACCAUCUCAAAAGUAAAGUUCCUAAGUGGAUAUCUAAGUUAGCACCCAAGGGAUCAUUAGAAAUGCACGAGAAGGCGUGGAAUGCUUAUCCCUACUGUAGGACCGUCAUCACAAAUCCGGACUAUAUGAAAGAAAAUUUCGAGCUGAGGAUCGAGACGUGGCACAAAAAGGAGUUGAACCUAGAAAAUCCCCACAAUCUGCCGCCCGAGGUGUGGAGAAAUGUGGAGAAAGUGGACAUUGACAUUGGGAACGACCCCGUGGACAGGAGAGACUACAACCCGAAGGAGGACCCCUCUGUCUACCACUCCUUCAAAACUGGCAGGGGGCCUCUCAAGGGGGACUGGAUAAAGAAGCUGGGGAAUGAGCCAGACCAGGCGCAGAUGUGUGCAUACAAGUUAGUAACUGUUGAAUUCAAGUGGUGGGGGCUUCAAACUGCAGUGGAAAAGUUCAUUCAGAAGUCUGAGCGCCGGAUUUUCACCAACUUCCACCGCCAGCUGUUCUGCUGGCUGGACGAGUGGCACGGCCUGACCAUGGAGGACAUCCGCCGGCUCGAGGACGAGACCAAACUGGAGUUGGACAAGCAAAGAAAAGAAGGAGAGGUGCGCGGUACCAGGGAGACGUAACCCCCUUACCUCCACCAGAACUACACGGCCGUGCCGCGUGCAACAGGCUAUCUCACAUAGCUACCCUCUAGAGUUGGUCAUACCGAUGAACGACCAUUUUAGUUAUCCUCCCAGCAGUGCUAACCUAGAUAUCACAAAGGGUUAGUCCUUGUAAAUAAAACAAAUGAUGUAGGUGCCCCAAUCUCUGUAACAAAAACUGUACUGUCGUAUGUUACAAUAGAUUUGCUGGUACUGUGAAUUUGUUUCUCUCUUCCCAUUGGUGUCCCCCUGUAGGAAAAUUGACAUGGCUCAUAUCAGAGUUUUUAACUUGGAGGAAAUGAACACAGCACAAAGAGAUAUUUGAGAAUUGUAGAAAAGACAAGGGACUUGAAAUGUUAUACUUGAUUAGGGUAUUUAGAGUUUCUCUGAUUUCUUCCUAUAACCAGUCCCUUGUCAUGUAAUGUGAAGCAAACUCAGAUGAAACUUGGAAAAAAAAACAGAUUAUUGUUGUAAAUUCUUCUUUUGUGUCCUCCUAUACUGGAUCAUUGACUGUAAUGCCAGUUUUGAUGUUUUAGGACUAAGACAACCCUUGACUAUGCUGUCUUGACAGGCAAUGUCCAUGAUUCUUUUCACAGUGGCCAUGUUUUUAAAUCAUGGACGUACUAUAACUUGUAAGUUGACAGGGACUGUUAAUUAAUAGCAGGGAUGAAUUAAACAGCUUAUUUGACUGAUAUAUAUUUUGUGAUUAAAAACUAGUAAGUCUUCUUUUAAUGUCUGAAACCAAGGAGGUUAAAAUAAGAGAUUUUUUAACCUCCUUGCUGAAACUUUCUACAGUUCACUGCAUGUUGUAGCCUGGGAUCAGUAUUCACCAAGGUUACUAUCUUACCAAGGCAAAGCUAAGAACAGAUGGGUACCAGGCUAUGCUUGUUGUAUGGCUUCCACGCAUGUAUAGCAUAAAAUUGCUCUCAAAUGUAAAUGUGAAGAAAUGGCAGUAUGUAUAAUCUUGAGCAAGACUCUGUAUUUCAGUUUAUGUGUGUUUAAAUUUACCAGCUAGGUCAAUCAUAUGGAUGACUACAAUACCUUUUUAUGUGAUGCUCACAUUAGAUAAUCCAGUGCUUUCUGUAAAAGAUCGUUAAUCUUUUAGUAAUCAAUUCUAAAGCCACAGAUUGGAACAGUGGGAUGGGGGUUUGAGUAGAUGUAAUUUAUUAAUUGUAAAACUCAGAGAUACACGAAAUACUAGUACUAGAUACAUGUAACUUUGUAUGCCCAACUGCAUCUAACUACAUGUACUUCCAUCUAAGGACCAUCUGAUGCAAGCAAAUUUAAAGGCUAAUGCAGAGUAACAGAGUGCCUCUGAAUGUGCCCCCAGUAUGCAUACUCUAGUUAGAUGGAAGGAAUCAACAGACAGUUGUUGUCAUCUUUGAAUAGGAGAAUUAUAAGUAUCUGCCUUGUUGCAGACAUAACAGUUUGGAGCGCACUCUAUUACACUGCAAUUGUCACAUACAGGAGCACAGAAAGAUCACUACAUCUACUGUUCCAUGUGUACGUAUCUUAAAGAUAGGUCUUACACUUUGCAAGUAGUGUACUCCUUAGAAAUAUGCUGCUUCCUCUAGGCCUAUUGAAAUUGUAUAGCAAAUAGGGGAUUAUCCAUGGGGCACUUUGGAUAACAGUACUGAUUCUCUGAUUUUUCCUUGGUUAGAAAUGGUCUUCUAUGAUUGUGCUUGUGAAGCUAGAUGUGUAGUUGAGCAGGCCUGUGAAUUGCUGUGUAUGCUUGUAGCAUUGAUGUUUCUGGAGGGGAUAACUUUUGUUUAGGAUCACUUUGGUCUUACCUGAUAACUAGAAAUGAUGUGCAUAUAGGCCUGUUAGUCUGCCUGUCUUUGUGCUUGGAUGCACUGUGAUCGUCCGCCAAGCGAAAUUCAACAUUCAAAGCAUUUAGCAAAAUGUCCUGGUGUGAAUUACUACACCCAUGUGGCACAAAUUUCUUUUAGAAAAAUUUUGGGUGCUACAUGUGACCUUUGAAAGUCUCUGAGCAUGCACAGUUCUGUGGCUAUGCAUUCAUGCAUAUCAUCUGUGAAUAGACACUGGUUUCUGUGUAUUUUGAGUGGUCCAAUUAUAGAGGCACUGGCCUUUACAGAAAUGUCUAUACUGACUAGUCUCAUAAUUCAAGAGUAAUAAAAGGUGUUUCAAUAUCA